AUGUCGGACUCAACUGCGGGCGGCUCAGACAACACCAUCACGUCAGAAAACCCUCCGAAUUCGACGACUGCCCAGCAGCCGCCGCCAUCGUCAACCACCAAUAACCCCCCUCCGACAAGCCAGACUCCCCCUCCAUCCUCAUCAUCGUCGACUCAGUCUCCUCCGAGCUCAUCGACACCUACCAACCCACCACCACAGACCCAGCCAACCCCAACCAGUAAAGAUGACGACCCCCCGACCCCGACGCCGACCAAUCAGUCUCCAACCGACCCGGGGUCCCCUCCCGACGUCCAAACCAGCACAACUACCAUCAUCCAAACCAUGACCCAGGCCCCCCCCAACAACCCAGGUGUCACCUCUCCCACUCUGUCCUCAGGCACAUCCACGAGCACGAACCCGGCCAUCAGUUCAACCAACACCCCCAGCGGCGGGCUCAGCAGCGGCGGCAAGAUCGCCGUGGCCGUCGUCGUGCCCAUCGCCGCCGUCGCCCUGCUCGUGCUCGCGGGCAUCUUCCUCUGGCGCAAGCGCAAGCAACGCAAGGACGCCGAGGAGCAGCGUCGCAAGGAGGUCGAAGAAUACGGUUACAACCCCAACGCGGACCCGACAGUCCCCAACAUUGGCGGUGCAGGCGCCUACGAGAUGCGCGAGGACGAUACCGCUGGCUAUCGCGGCUGGGGAUCGACCGGACACACCGCGCGUAAGCCGUCUACCACUCUGUCUGGUGGGCCUGGCCCUGUGCUAUCGUCAUCCCCGCCGACCCAUGUCGCCGCCGCCCCGAUCUCGGCUGAUUCCCGCUCUGGCGAGCCCCUCAUGAGUGACAUGCACCCAUCUCCCGAAGGCGAGAUCCUGGGUGCCAUGGGACCUGCUGCGUCGGGCAACCGCAACGGAGGUGGUGUGGGCGUGCAUCGCGGGCCGUCCAACGCCUCCUCGUCGUAUAGUGCCGCGGGGAGGUCGGACGGGUCGGGCGAUGGGCCCAUUGGCGUCGCGUAUGGCGGGCCGGGGACCUAUUAUGAUCAAUAUGGAGGCAAUCCGUAUAUGGACGGCGGGUACGGCGGUUCGGCGGGAAUGAUGCCGCAGCAGCAGCAGCAGCAGCAGCCGGGCGCUCCGGGAGGACCGCCCGUUAUUAGGGAUGUUACGGCUAGGAGGAAUACGAGGAUCGAGAGUUUACCGCAUUACCCGCAGCAAACGGCAGGGAUCUCUCAAAAUUUUUGA